UUAACCCAACAACACAGUUUUCUUUACAAACACCAACUUUCAAAGCCUUUACUUCUCUUUAAAUCUCAAUGGGUGCUCCUCAACUUUUGUCUUCUCUUAGCUGUGAAUUGAGAAUCAUCCAAGCAAAAAAUGUGGAAUUCAAGUCCAAAGGUUCCUUCUUUGUCAGAUACUAUCUUUCUGCAGGAAACAACAAAAGUAUUCGCCUCAACACCCGAGAAAUCUCCUCCAAGUCCGACCUCUCUUGGAACGAGUCCUUCUCUUUGGAUUGUUUUGGUAACCAAGACUCCAUGGACAACCUAAAGCAAGAAAGCGUGGUUUUCGAGCUCCGGUGGAGGAAAAAAGUGCCAGUUCUUGGAAAGAUUGGUGGGUCACAGCUGUUGGGGAGGGCAGAGAUUCCAUGGAAACAAGUGUUUGAGUCAACAAACAUGGAAAUAGAGAAUUGGGUCACUAUGGUUUCAACAAGACAACAUGUGCUUGAAGGUGCCAAGCCACCUAAGCUGCAAGUGGGAAUGAGAAUUCAAGUUCCUGCAAUGGUGGAGAUGGAGGGGAGGACACAAAGGAAGGUUAACAAGCGGGAAUAUGAGUGUGGAUGCAUAGAUGGUCAUGAUUACAGUACUUGUAGAGAUUAUGAAAUCUUUGCACUAACAGCAGCUUUGGAGGCCUUUUAGGCACAACUGAAAAUUAAAUUUUGGUUGGUGUAGAUAAUUUUGCCUUGGCUAUUGUUAUUUGUUUUACAAAAUUGAGGAUCUGGGAAUUUUGAUUUUGUAUAUUUUUAGAUAGUGGUGAUGGGAAAUGUGUACAGCUCCAUCAAAACGAGUUGGAGGUCGAGCUAAUUUGAAGACUGUUCUUUCCUUAGGAGCAAUU